AUGCUCUCAAGAGAAGACGGAUGGACGCAGGUAUGCCGGAAAAGGCCUCAGUCACGGAGAGAACAACGGCCGGAAGAAACGACCUUCUUCGUCACCAACAUUCCAGAUGGCACAACAAAGGCGGAAUUUCGAACGAUCUUUUCAUCCUUUGGGAAACUUUCAGACAUCUACUUUGGCGAGAAAAAAGGCAAAAACAGGAAGAAUUUUGGUUUCAUUCGGUUUCUUGAAGUCGAUUAUACGCAGGAGAUGGAAUCAAAACUAAAUGGAACAAGAUGCAGAAACAACGUACUGGAGAUAAACAUUGAAAGACACGGCCGAAAAACUAUCACUCGGGACUCCUGCCUACCACAACAUCACCGGCCCCCACAUUGA